CCCUCGCAGCUCUUCAAGGACGCGUGGCUGCUGCACAUGCAGGCCAACCCCUGGACGUGGCAGCCGCUCAAGGUGGAGAACGAGGACCACGGAGCGCCGGAGCUGUGGUGCCAUCCUGCCUGCAGGGUGGGGCAGUGUGUGGUGGUGUUCAGCCAAGCCCCCAGCGGGAGGGCCCCGCUCAGCCCCAGCCUCAACUCGCGCCCGUCGCCCAUCAGCGCCACACCGCCCGCCCUGGUGCCGGAGUCGCGGGAAUACCGCUCGCAGUCCCCGGUGAGGAGCACGGACGAGGCUCCCUGCGUGAACGGCCGCUGGGGCACCCUGCGCCCGCGGGCGCAGCGGCACACGCCGGCGGGCUCCCGCGAGGGCAGCCUGUCCCCGGCCAGGGGGGACGGCUCCCCCGUGCUCAACGGGGACGGCGCGUCCCCCGGAGCCCCCCCGGACAGCCCGGGGCAGGCGCUGUCCCCCGGCACCCCCUCGGCCGCCGAGGGCCUCGACCCGCGCGUGGGGCCUGGGCCGCGCCGGGGCUCGCUGCCGGAGCACGGGGAGCUGCGCCUGGGCGCCGCCGAGCCGGGCUGGGAGCACAAGCCCCUGGACGGCGCCGAGGGCAGGACGGCGGGCGCGCGGAUCCCCCCCGAGCACACUAACGGCCUGCACAGCCCCCCGCCCGCGCCCGGCUCCCUGCCCCUGUCCCCCGGCUCCCUGCCCGUGUCCCCCGGCGCGCUCCGCCGCAGCCUGGAGGCCGUCAAGGCCUUGGCCUCCAAAGCCGCCUCGGCCUCCUCGGCGCUCAGUCCCCCCCCGGUGUCGUCCCCGGGCUCCCCCGGCGCGGAGCCGGCGCGGGCGGGCGCGGCCCAGGGGGACGGGCACUCCCUGCCGCCCAUCGCCCGGCGCCUCGGCCACCACCCGCCCCAGUCCCUGAACGUGGGCAAGCCCCUGUACCAGAGCAUGAACUGCAAGCCCAUGCAGAUGUACGUGCUGGACAUUAAGGACACCAAGGAGCGGGGCAGGGUCAAGUGGAAAGUGUUCAACAGCAGCUCCGUGGUGGGACCCCCCGAGACCAGUCUGCACACGGUGGUGCAGGGCAGGGGCGAGCUCAUCAUCUUCGGCGGCCUCAUGGACAGGAAACAGAACGUCAAAUACUACCCCAAAACAAAUGCCUUGUACUUUGUGCGAGCAAAGAGAUAAUGCGGCCCCAGCCCGCCGCCACCCCCGUCCUCCCCCUUCCCGCGGCUCUUCCCGGUCCUUCCCGGCCCCCAUCCCGUCACACAGCGACCAAACUGUGAAUUAGGGAGCAGGAAACCAAUAAAAGUCCGAGCAAAGCCUCCAGCGCUGCCCAGUCAGACCCCAGUGAAGCCGGUGGCGGAAGGACCCCAGGGAUUCGGGGUGGAUGGAAUUCUGCCAUCCGGGACCCCCAUGAGGUUGAUUUUCCAAGGGUUUGGGAGGCUUCGUCCCUCCGAAACCCCUCCAGAGCUCCUCGGGAGCCUCGUGGGGUUUGAGUGAGCCUGGUUUUGUAGGAACAACCCAAACUCUGGCAGGCAGGAGGAAGGAGCCGGGUGAAUUCCACGCCUGGCUCCGUCAGGAGAACAGCAGCAAUAUCCCCCUGGGAAUGCCCAGCACUGGGAAAUCCUGCUCCACACAAACACGAUGCCUUUUUUUUUGCCUCACCUGCCGCUCUCGCCCCUGUCCUUGGGCAGGGCCAAAACAAGGAGGAAAGGACAGGAUUUUGUGUCAGAAUGCCAAAUAUAUUGAUUGUUCCCAUCCCUCCUCUCCCUGCCAUGCUGGAUCAGGCUUCGGGAUCGGCCCCGAUCCCAUCUGAUCACCUAAAAAUCCACUUAUCUCCCCAAAAUGGAGACGUUUGGCUGCCAAUUCCCCUCUGGACUUCAAGGGUUCAUUUCACUCGACAUCCCAAACCCAUUCAAGGCCAAACCAGCCCCUUGGAGCUUGGGGACAGGGUGGGUUUUCCAGGGAAAAGGAUGGAUAUUGGUGAAUUUGAGGGCGUGAGCAGCCUCUGCAGCAACUUCACCUCAUCUUUGCACGUGCCUCCUUCCACACGGAUUCCAUUCAAAUCCCAAGGGAUUGAACCUGUGCGUCCUUCUGGGACAACCCCCCUCCUUCCCUUUCCCCUCCGGGGGGUGGGAAAAACAGGUGGAUUCUGCCAGGUUUUGGUCAACAACCUCCAGGACCCCGAAAACAGGGAGCCCUCCCCAAGCCGGCAGCGCCAUGAUGUGGUCCCUCCUUCCCAGGAUUUUUGUUUCCCUCCAUUCCCACUGAGCUUUUUGCCGGUCGGAGCCUUAAAUCCCAUCCCAGCCGUGUGGGGAUGGGGAGGGAUUUGCUUCACCCUGUUGCCACCUCUGUAAAUAAACCCCUGGUCCAACCCGACCUCUCCCGUCCAUCCCAAAAUGAUUUGUCCCAAGGGAAAAGCAAAAUUGUCCCUGUCCCAAAAAAACCAGAAACCUCAGGAGCACCAAGGGUGAGCUGUGAAAUAUUCCCUCUGGGAAGGCGGUCGGGGCUUCGGCAGCGAUUCCCACCCCCCUUUGCAUGUUUUUGGUCAUCCAUCC